AUGGAGGCCAUCAAGAAGAAGAUGCAGAUGCUGAAGCUGGACAAGGAGAACGCCAUCGACAGGGCAGAGCAGGCAGAAUCCGACCAGAAGGCAGCGGAAGAUAAAUGCAAGCAGCUGGAGGACGAGCUGCUCGCUCUGCAGAAGAAACUGAAAGGAACGGAGGAUGAGCUGGACAAGUUCUCCGAGGCCCUGAAGGAUGCUCAGGAGAAACUGGAACUGUCGGAAAAGAAGGCCACAGAUAGAGAAAGAGAGAGAGAGGGAGAGAGAGAGAGAGAGAAAGAAAAAAAACUUUUCCUCGGACUCUGACUCUUUUGCGCAAAUCAAUAACUCGCGUUUUGGAGGAACACUCGCUGUCUUUUCGGGCUCUUUCUCUUCUGCGAUCGAGGGUUAUAACACCAAAUCGGAAUCAUGGAGAUGGUGAAGAAGAAAAUCCAGACUCUUCAGCUGCAAGUCGAUGAGGCGGAGGACCGAGCUCUGGCAGUACAAAGGGAGUUGGACACAGAACGGGAACUGCGCGAAAAAGCGGAGGGGGAUGUGGCAUCUCUGAACCGCCGCAUCCAGCUGGUGGAGGAGGAGCUGGACCGAGCCCAGGAGAGACUGUCCACAGCCCUGCAGAAGCUGGAGGAGGCUGAGAAGGCUGCGGAUGAAAGCGAAAGAGGGAUGAAGGUGAUUGAGAACCGAGCCAUGAAAGAUGAGGAGAAGAUGGAGAUCCAGGAGAUGCAGCUGAAAGAAGCCAAACACAUUGCUGAGGAGGCGGACCGCAAAUACGAGGAGGUCGCCCGCAAGCUGGUCAUCCUGGAGGGGGACCUGGAGAGGGCAGAGGAAAGGGCAGAAAUCGCAGAACUUAAAUGUGCAGACCUGGAGGAGGAGCUUAAGAAUGUCACCAACAAUCUCAAGUCUCUAGAGGCUCAGUCUGAUAAGUACUCGGAGAAAGAAGACAAAUACGAAGAGGAGAUUAAAGUCCUGAAUGACAGACUGAAGGAGGCGGAAACUCGUGCAGAGUUUGCAGAGAGGACGGUGGCUAAGCUGGAGAAGACCAUAGAUGACUUAGAAGAAAACCUAUCAAGUGCAAAGGAGGAGAACAUAGGAAUGCACCAAGUCCUGGACCAAACACUGCAGGAGCUCAAUAGCUUGUAAGAUCACAAGACGAACAUCAACAAUGAAAAAUAAAAGCGUUUUUUGUUUUUUAAAGAUAUUUUCUAUAUGCCAUCCAUUCUUUGUAAUUUCACUCCAAUCUGUGACUGUGCCCCUGUACCCCUUUUAUAUUUAUGUUUAUGUCCUAUGUUUCAUUUCUUUUUUUAAAAAACAAAUGGUUCGGGGUCCAUACAAUUUUAGUAUCGGUGCUAACAAAUGUGGCGUAGAUCAAACUCUUUGCAAAAAAUAAACUUGAUGACGAAUAAAGUCUGAAUGUUACUUCUGCUGUGGUGUGAGUGUUGGUGUCCCUCGUUUCAGUGUAUUUCUCUGAAUAUAUCUGUGUCCUUUGGGUAGUUUCAACACACACCUAUAAAGUGUAGCAGGAAAACACCUCAGUCUUCACUUUACAAGUGUGAACAUGCAGUUUGUUUUAAGUAUGCUCUGCUAAGACAUUCAAUCUGCUGUUCUCUAUCUGCAGAGCCUGCCCAUACAACAGGAAAACCACAGCAACUUUUUUUUUUCAAGCUUGUUAUGAAACCCUGACCUAAAAUGGCUGAAAAUCACAUUCAGAUACUAAUACAGACACAUACGGUCAAUCAAGAUUGUAUCCACAAACAAGAUAAGAUGACCAGUGAUUGAUUUUAUGUGACUUUGUGAGAUUAGGUCUACAGUCUUUGUUGGCUCUGGCUUGUUCUCACAUUAAGAAUAAAGAAAAAAAAAUCUCACA